CCGGCGCCGCCAUCUUGGCCAAGGGGAGCCCGGGCUGCAGGGAGCAGCGGGAGGGAGGCGGCAGCCGCCUUGUCCAGGGCACCAAGGCGAGGCGGGGAGAUUAAAACCAAACCCUCCAACAGGAGCAGCAAAACCGGGCAGGAGCGGCUGGAACCCCGCAGCUGCCCCUGCGGGGCUGAGGGGGGCAGUCAGGGGAGUCCCGACAGCGCGGCGGCCCCGGAGCUGCCGGGUGCUCUGCGAGGCCAUCCAUGGGGAAGAUCGGGCUGCAGCUGCGGGCCACGCUGGAGAACAUCACCCGGCUGCGGGCCGAAGGGGAGGAUUUCCGCUGGUACCUCAAGCUGAAAUGUGGGAACUGUGGUGAGGUUUCUGAAAAGUGGCAGUAUCUGCGGUUGAUGGACAGUGUUCCCCUGAAAGGAGGCAGAGGAAGUGCCACUAUGGUGCAGAAAUGCAAGCUGUGCUCCAGGGAGAGCUCCAUUGAUAUUUUAAGUCAGACAAUCAAGCCUUACAAUGCUGAAGACAGUGAGAAAUUCAAAACAAUAGUGGAGUUUGAAUGCCGAGGGCUGGAACCAGUUGACUUUCAACCACAGGCAGGGUUUGCUGCUGAAGGUGCAGAGUCUGGCACACCUUUCAAUGACAUAAACUUGUUGGAAAAGGAUUGGAAUGACUACGAUGAAAAAGCGAAGGAAUCUGUUGGGAUCUAUGAAGUUACCCAUAAAUUUGUAAAAUGCUAAAGUUCAUGCCCCUAAUAAAUCUUGACAUGGUUAUUGAUGAAGGAGCUGUAACCACCAGAGAUGCAGUUUCCUUGGAGUUAUUUUUCACAUGGCUGUACUUCAGAAAUUGAAACCUAAGUUGUCCUUAUUACCCCUGGGAUAUCCUAAUAAAAUAUUUUCCAGACCCCUUUUGAGCCUUGGUAUAAACUGAAAAUAAUGUACACACUUCAGUACUGUUUUCUUAAUCUUGACUUUUGGGGGCAAUACAUAUGUUUUUCUUGGUUUUUAUGGAUAUCAACUUCCAGCUGAUAGAAGGAGGGAAGAGGAAAACAUUCUGUUGGAGUUACUUUUCCACAGUAAGAGAAGACUUGGAAAGACAGAAUCCCAGUGAUUUUUCUUUAAGGCACAAGAGCACAGGCUUACUUAGCAGAUGAGAUUAUUGGACAGACUUCAUGUAAGGAAGGGGAGAGCCAACACUGCAGCAUGCUGUCAGUAGUAUUCUUUUUAACCCUUAUAAGAAACACAAGCUAUUGAUAAAGGGACUCCCCAUACUAUAUUAUUUUGGUAUGUCAAUAAAAGAACUUUGUGGUUAUUAAAAGAUAA